GGCUGGUAGCCGGGAGGAUCGCGGAGGCUUGGGGCAGCCGGGUAGCUCGGAGGUCGUGGCGCUGGGGGCUAGCACCAGCGCUCUGUCGGGAGGCGCAGCGGGUAGGUGGACCGGUCAGCGGACUCACCGGCCAGGGCGCUCCGUGCUGGAAUUUGAUAUUCAUUGAUCCGGGGUUUAUCCCUCUUCUUUUUUCUUAAACAUUUUUUUUUUGGUAAACUGUAUUGUUUCCCGUUUUAAUUUAUUUUUGCUUGCCAUUCCCCACUUGAAUCGGGCCGACGGCUUGGGGAGAUUGCUCUACUUCCCCAAAUCACUGUGGAUUUUGGAAACCAGCAGAAAGAGGAAAGAGGUAGCAAGAGCUCCAGAGAGAAGUCGAGGAAGAGAGAGACGGGGUCAGAGAGAGCGCGCGGGCGUGCGAGCAGCGAGAGGGACAGGGGCAAAGUGAGUGACCUGCUUUUGGGGGUGACCGCCGGAGCGCGGCGUGAGCCCUCCCCCUUGGGAUCCCGCAGCGGACCAGUAGCGCUGACGGACAGACAGACAGACACCGCCCCCAGCCCCAGCGCCCACCUCCUCUCCGGCCGGCGGCCGACAGUGGACGCGGCGGCGAGCCGCGGGCAGGGGCCGGAGCCCGCGCCCGGAGGCGGGGUGGAGGGGGUCGGGGCUCGCGGCGUCGCACUGAAACUUUUCGUCCAACUUCUGGGCUCUUCUCGCUUCGGAGGAGCCGUGGUCCGCGCCGGGGAAGCCGAGCCGAGCGGAGCCGCGAGAAGUGCUAGCUCGGGCCGGGAGGAGCCGCAGCCGGAGGAGGGGGAGGAGGAAGAAGAGAAGGAAGAGGAGAGGGGGCCGCGGUGGCGACUCGGCGCUUGGAAGCCGGGCUCAUGGACGGGUGAGGCGGCGGUGUGCGCAGACAGUGCUCCAGCCGCGCGCGCGCCCCAGGCCCUGGCCCGGGCCUCGGCCCGGGGAGGAAGAGGAGCUCGCCGAGGCGCCGAGGAGAGCGGGCCGCCCCACAGCCCGAGCCAGAGAGGGAGCGCGAGCCGCGCCGGCCCCGGUCGGGCCUCCGAAACCAUGAACUUUCUGCUUUCUUGGGUGCAUUGGAGCCUUGCCUUGCUGCUGUACCUCCACCAUGCCAAGUGGUCCCAGGCUGCACCCAUGGCAGAAGGAGGAGGGCAGAAUCGUCACGAAGUGGUGAAGUUCAUGGAUGUCUAUCAGCGCAGCUACUGCCAUCCAAUCGAGACCCUGGUGGACAUCUUCCAGGAGUACCCUGAUGAGAUUGAGUACAUCUUCAAGCCAUCCUGUGUGCCCCUGAUGCGAUGUGGGGGCUGCUGCAAUGACGAGGGCCUGGAGUGUGUGCCCACUGAGGAGUCCAACAUCACCAUGCAGAUUAUGCGGAUCAAACCUCACCAAGGCCAGCACAUAGGAGAGAUGAGCUUCCUACAGCACAACAAAUGUGAAUGCAGACCAAAGAAAGAUAGAGCAAGACAAGAAAAUCCCUGUGGGCCUUGCUCAGAGCGGAGAAAGCAUUUGUUUGUACAAGAUCCGCAGACGUGUAAAUGUUCCUGCAAAAACACAGACUCGCGUUGCAAGGCGAGGCAGCUUGAGUUAAACGAACGUACUUGCAGAUGUGACAAGCCGAGGCGGUGAGCCGGGCAGGAGGAAGGAGCCUCCCUCAGGGUUUCGGGAACCAGAUCUCUCACCAGGAAAGACUGAUACAGAACGAUCGAUACAGAAACCACGCUGCCGCCACCACACCAUCACCAUCGACAGAACAGUCCUUAAUCCAGAAACCUGAAAUGAAGGAAGAGGAGACUCUGCGCAGAGCACUUUGGGUCCGGAGGGCGAGACUCCGGCAGAAGCAUUCCCGGGCGGGUGACCCAGCACGGUCCCUCUUGGAAUUGGAUUCGCCAUUUUAUUUUUCUUGCUGCUAAAUCACCGAGCCCGGAAGAUUAGAGAGUUUUAUUUCUGGGAUUCCUGUAGACACACCCACCCACAUACAUACAUUUAUAUAUAUAUAUAUAUUAUAUAUAUAAAAAUAAAUAUCUAUAUUUUAUAUAUAUAAAAUAUAUAUAUUCUUUUUUUAAAUUAACAGCGCUAAUGUUAUUGGUGUCUUCACUGGAUGUAUUUGACUGCUGUGGACUUGAGUUGGGAGGGGGAAUGUUCCCACUCAGAUCCUGACAGGGAAGAGGAGGAGACGAGAGACUCUGGCAUGAUCUUUUUUUUUGUCCCACUUGGUGGGGCCAGGGUCCUCUCCCCUGCCCAGGAAUGUGCAAGGCCAGGGCAUGGGGGCAAAUAUGACCCACUUUUGGGAACCCCGACAAACCCAGCCCUGGCGCCGAGCCUCUACCCCGGGUCAGGUGGACAGAAAGACAGAUGACAGGUACAGGGACGAGGACACUGGCUCUGACUAGGAGUUUGGGGAGCUUCAGGACAUUGCUGUGCUUUGGGGAUUCCCUCCACAUGCUGCAUGCGCAUCUCGCCCCCAGGGGCACCGCCUGGAAGAUUCAGGAGCCUGGGCGGCCUUCACUUACUCUCACCUGCUUCUGAGUUGCCCAGGAGGCCACUGGCAGAUGUCCCGGCGAAGAGAAGAGACACAUUGUUGGAAGAAGCAGCCCAUGACAGCUCCCCUUCCUGGGAUUCGCCCUCGUCCUCUUCCUGCUCCCCUCCCUGGGGUGCAGCCUAAAAGGACCUGAUGUCCUCACACCAUUGAAACCACUAGUUCUGUCCCCCCAGGAGACCUGGUUGUGUGUGUGUGAGUGGUUGACCUUCCUCCAUCCCCUGGUCCUUCCCUUCCCUUCCCGAGGCACAGAGAGACAGGGCAGGAUCCACGUGCCCAUUGUGGAGGCAGAGAAAAGAGAAAGUGUUUUAUAUACGGUACUUAUUUAAUAUCCCUUUUUAAUUAGAAAUUAAAACAGUUAAUUUAAUUAAAGAGUAGGGUUUUUUUCAGUAUUCUUGGUUAAUAUUUAAUUUCAACUAUUUAUGAGAUGUAUCUUUUGCUCUCUCUCGCUCUCUUAUUUGUACCGGUUUUUGUAUAUAAAAUUCAUGUUUCCAAUCUCUCUCUCCCUGAUCGGUGACAGUCACUAGCUUAUCUUGAACAGAUAUUUAAUUUUGCUAACACUUAGCUCUGCCCUCCCCGUUCCCCUGGCUCCCCAGCACACAUUCCUUUGAAAUAAGGUUUCAAUAUACAUCUACAUACUAUAUAUAUAUUUGGCAACUUGUAUUUGUGUGUGUAUAUAUAUAUAUAUAUGUUUAUGUAUAUAUGUGAUUCUGAUAAAAUAGACAUUGCUAUUCUGUUUUUUAUAUGUAAAAACAAAACAAGAAAAAAUAGAGAAUUCUACAUACUAAAUCUCUCUCCUUUUUUAAUUUUAAUAUUUGUUAUCAUUUAUUUAUUGGUGCUACUGUUUAUCCGUAAUAAUUGUGGGGAAAAGAUAUUAACAUCACGUCUUUGUCUCUAGUGCAGUUUUUCGAGAUAUUCCGUAGUACAUAUUUAUUUUUAAACAACGACAAAGAAAUACAGAUAUAUCUUAAAAAAAAAAAAAAAGCAUUUUGUAUUAAAGAAUUUAAUUCUGAUCUCAAA